UUUUUUUAAUUAUUAUCGCGCUUAUUCAUUUGAAUGAAAAAACAAAAUAUCAGAAUUUCCCUCCUUUAGUUAAGACUCUUCCACAACAAGUUUCAACACACCAAAAACCCAUUUCUCCUUCUGCUUCUCUUCUUCUUCUUCUUUAGAUUUAGAAGCUUCUGAUUCUCAUUCAUGGUGUUACUGUGUUAGAUUUCUUUCUUCUUUGCCUAGUUCUUGCUUUUCCCAGAAAGACAUUUCGAUUCGACAAUGGAAACUACUCAAUUAGUUCAACUAUUUCACGGCGUCCGUUUCGUCCUCUUUGGAUUCGACUCCAUUAAUGAACACAAGAUUCGAACUAAGCUUGUGGAAGGUGGGGGAGUUGAUACUGGGCAGUAUUGCCAAAACUGCACACAUGUGAUUGUGGAUAAAGUUGUCUAUGAUGAUCCUCUAUGUGUUGCUGCUCGAAAAGAUUGCAAAACAGUAGUGACUGGUUUGUGGGUAGAUCAUAGUUUUGACGCUGGAAUGCUUGUUGACGCCACUACGGUAAUGUACAGACCACUUAGAGACUUGAAUGGCAUACCGGGUGCUAAAAGUUUUAUAAUUUGCUUGACUGGAUACCAGCGACAAGACAGAGAAGACAUUAUGAAUAUGGUUGCCUUAAUGGGUGCACAUUUUUCUAAGCCAUUGGUGGCGAAUAAAGUCACUCAUCUCAUUUGCUACAAAUUUGAGGGAGAAAAAUAUGAGCUUGCGAAGAGAUUAAACAAGAUAAAGUUGGUCAAUCAUCGUUGGCUGGAAGAUUGCUUAAGGGAGUGGGAAAUUCUUCCAGAAGUUGACUAUACCACAAGUGGCUAUGAGUUGGAGAUGAUGGAAGCUGAGGCAAAGGAUUCUGAGGAUGAGGUUGAAAAUGCAUCUCUUAGGCCAUAUGUAGUAGAAAACGUGCAUAGAAGUCCUAUCAAUAUAGCAACUAGCUUUCCAGAGACACAUACGUCACCCAAAAUAGCUGCAGAGGCGCCACAUAUUCUGCCUGAUUUACCACAGUCUAAGAUUCCUUUAAAUGUCAAUGCCACUGACGACAAGUUUUCAGUGCAUGGAGAGGGGAAAAGAAUGUCUCCAGCGUCAAGUUUGGAUUUUGGGAAUCAGAAUUCUAGCAUCCUUAAAGGGACUUACUACAGCAAGGAAAUUGAGUCUCGUUAUGAAUCUCCUGAUGGUAAGAAUGCAAGGAAUGACUGGACUUCUAAUUCUCGGAGUGUUGACAGGGUUCCUUCUAAUGAGAGGUUUGGUGCUGCAAGUUCUUCAAAGAAGACACCGAAGAGAUUAUCAGGCAAUGAAAGUGGCUUUGAGAGAGACUUUAUGGGUGAACCCAAAGUCAAUAAUCUUUCAUCCUUAGCGCAAGCAAAGAGAAGAAUUGGUUCUGAUUAUGUUGACACACUACAUUUACAUUCUGGAGUUAAGCUAACUGAUUUUUCGCCUCCAAAAGAGAUACGAAAUGGCUAUGGUAGUCCCACUUUGCGAAAGAUAAAUGAUAAUGUGAAAUCAUGCUUUAGGAAGAGUCCAUCACCAAACAGUAAAAUUCUUGGGCUGAGGUCAGCGCCUUCUUGUGAUGGCGGCCAUGAGACUAAUGCUAGCCGAGCUCCUUUUGGUAGUGGAUGCUCUAACAGUGUAUUUGCAAAAGUGAACUCUGCAAUUGAAUCACACUCUACUGAUGUUACCAUUCAUUCCUCUAAGUUAACUAAAUCGCCACAAAGCGGCCUCCCUAUUUCUGAACCUACAAUUUCAGACUGCGGGCAGCAUGCUCUUGCAAAUGAGAAGACAUCUCCAUCCUUUUUCAAGAGUGUAAAAACAUCCUUAUCCUUCUCAUCCCGUGGUCCAGACUUCAACAAUUUUGUUGAGGAGAAUUCUACGCCCGUGGCUCCCAUUACAGGGGAACCCCAGAAUGGUCAGCAGGAUAUUAAGGGUUCUGAAAGUAACAAUGCAUCUCUAUCCUCUUCUAAGAGACUAAAAACGUCCUUAUCCAGUGGUCUGGACUUUAACAAUUUUGUUAAGGAGAAUUUUACACCUGUAGCCAACACAAGGGAACCCAAGAAUGACAUGAAUGAUCCCAAGGGUUCUAAUUCUAAACAUGAGAAGACAUCUCCAUCUUCUUUCAAGCAAGUAAAAACAACCUUAUCUAGUGGUCUGGACUUUAACAAUGUUGAUAAGAAUUCUACACCUGUGGCUGCCAUUACAGGGGAAGUGCAGAAUGAUCAGCAGGUUGGUAUCGGUUAUGAAAGUAACAGAGAUCCAGAUACUAAUAACUCUAAUGGCCCUUCUAGUUUGAACUUGGUUGAAGAUGAGAAGUCAGUUACUAAACCGUUGGGAAAGAAGACGGGUUCAAAGAAGACAUUGGGUACAAGACCGAAGAAUGUUUCUAUUGCUAACCAAAAGGGUUCCAUUUACUUGGGCAAAAAUAAUACGUCCCAAAAUAAUGCAGCAACUUGUUUGAGUGGAGAAGAGAGUGACAAAUCUCCUAUGACCAAGAAGACUCAACUGUCUUCUCCUAUUGUCAACAAUGAAGCACCCACAAAAGCAGUGGCAGAACAUGCUAAUAGAUCUCGAGAUAAUGCUAUGCCUCAAAUAGAAUCUCUUGAUGAUGAAACAGAAGCUCCAGAAGAAAAGGUUGAGCAGUUGUGUGAGAAUGUAGUCAACAAACAAAAUGAUAAUGGGACACAGAAGAAAUCUGCAAGCAAGCAGCAUGUAUCAAAUGAAGCCAUCACUAAUAUUAAGGAAAUGACCUCAGAACAAGACCAGAAAGGAAAUGAAACAGACAAUGCAGUGGAUAGCACUACUUCUGCUCUGGUCAGACCAAGCUCAAAGGUAGAUGGAUUGAAGAGGAAAACGUCUAAAGAGAAGAAGUCCACUAAGAGGAAAGUUCUGGAUGUGGCAGAUGUAGUGAAAUCUGAUGAACUUGUUAAUAGCGAAGAGAUUGAGCUUGAAAACAAUGGUGGGCAGGAUAAAGUGGAAAACAAAGCUGUUACAGGUUCUAAACCUAAACACCAAAAAGUAUCCAGAAAAAAGAAGUUAAAGAACUCUGUGGAAGAAGAGGAGAAGGAGAACAAGCCAACUGAAAGUGGUAAUGAAAAUGACAGUCAAGCUAAAAAGCAUGGAGAACAAUCAGGUCCUAAACCAAAACCCCAAAAAGUAUCCAGAAAGAAGAAGUUAAAGAACUCUGCGGAAGAAGAGAAGGAGAGCAUGCCAACUAACAGUGGUAAUGAAAAUGGAAGUCAAGAUAAAAAGCAUGGAGAACAGUCGGUUGUUCAAUCUAAUAUUACACAAAUGAAGGUUAAGGAAAGGGAUUCAAACUGCAGACCUAAUUCUUCAAAGGAAGAGGGAGGAGUUGCAAACAGUGUUAAAAAUGAACCUGCAAUGUUUAUUUUAAGUGGACAUCGACUUCAGCGGAAAGAGUUUCAGAGUGUUAUUAGGCGGCUGAAAGGAAAAUUUUGUCGUGAUUCGCAUCAGUGGUCUUACCAGGCCACACACUUCAUUGCUCCGGAUCCUAUUCGCCGGACUGAGAAAUUUUUUGCUGCAGCAGCAUCUGGAAGGUGGAUUCUUAAGAUGGAUUAUUUAACGGCUUGUAACCAGGCGGGAAAAUUCUUGGAAGAAGAACCUUAUGAAUGGUACAAGAAUGGCCUUAAUGAAGAUGGUGCUAUAAACUUAGAAGCUCCAAGGAAGUGGCGUCUCUUGAGGCAAAGAACAGGUCAUGGUGCUCUUCAUGGAAUGCGCAUACUCAUUUAUGGUGAAUGUAUAGCACCACCUUUGGACACCCUGAAGCGUGUUGUGAAGGCUGGGGAUGGGACCAUACUCGCAACAUCUCCACCUUACACUCGCUUCCUCAACUCAAACGUUGAUUUUGCAAUUAUCUCUCCCGGCAUGCCACGUGUGGAUGCAUGGGUCCAGGAGUUUCUAAAGCACGAAAUACCGUGUGUGGUAGCUGAUUACUUGGUGGAAUACGUAUGCAAACCCGGGUAUUCCCUCAACAAGCAUGUGCUGUACAACACUCACGGUUGGGCUGAGAAAUCAUUUGCCAAACUCCAAGAGAUUGCAGAAGAGAAAGUUGUGGUGGAGCUGACACCACCAGAUCACAAAGAUGUACCAUGCCUGGUAUGUGGGUCUCGUGAUAGAGGUGAUGUGAUGUUGAUAUGCGGUAAUGAAGAUGGUUCUAAAGGUUGUGGAGUUGGUUGCCAUAUUGAUUGCUGUGAUCCUCCAUUUGAAGAUAUUCCUCAGGAUGACUGGUUUUGCUUGGAGUGUAUUAAAAGCAAAACCAGGGAUCAAUCUUCCAAUAAAAAAAGGAAAAGGGGGACCUCUUCAUUGAAGAAGAGGAGCAGUAAGUAGAUGGAUUAGAUAGGUAGACAGAUAGAUAUGUGUGUGUGUAACUUUAUACUUCGUUUUGUAUGGACUGUCUUCACUCUGCAGUCUUGUAUUUUAUUUCAUUUAGACAUUGUUUAUAUAUUAGGUUCUCUAAGUACCUAAGUAACAAAAUUGUUUAAACAUGACCCUUUUUUUUGGGACUGGUUGUUCACUUGUAUCUUGAAAUUUUUGAGCUUAUACUGCCUUGGAUUUGCAGUAGUGGUCGGUAAUAAGUCAGUAAUUAGUGCGAGGAUGUAAUUAUUUAUUUUUAAUAUCAUGGUCUUAUC